AUGCAUAUGCGCCUCCGCAUAAGAUCGCGGAAAACCGCGACCACUUCGGUUAAGGGAAAACAGCCGGAGACCCAUCCCACAUCCCCCAUAUUCCUAAUACAUGAGGUACUAGAGGGUAUACUUCUGGAAGUACCCGCGAUCGACCUGAUAUUGAAUUGUCGCGCUGUUUGCAAAACCUGGAAAGAUCUUAUCGAAUCUACAUCCCCGGAUCUAAAAUAUUAUUCCCUUUCUGGCCUUCGACGAACAAACGCAAGUGCGAGCGCGACCGAAAAUGAAGAAGAGAAGAGACCUGAGACACCGACCCUACCACCAUGGGUAGAUCCGACCCCAACCUAUGAUACCAUCGUCAAACCCAAUCCAAUCCUGACCCCACUCGCUCUUGACAUACUCCGGAUAUUCUGGAAAAGAAUGGGGAAGAACAACGUCAAGACUAGGAAAGCGCCCCCAGUAAGACAAGAGGUGCCAAGUUUAAGUCUGCACCUCGGCAGAAAAGUCUAUAAAGCAAUGCACUGCGGGGCGAGGAGCUACGACAGUUCCCGAGAAUCCGGCGUCGUCUACACCUCAUUCAUGUGCUUUAUCUUUUGCAUCGUUAUGCCGAUAGGUACCCCGAUAUACAAAUUUUACGAUUGUGUUCUUCGAGAAAUGGGCCCGACUCAUAUUAGGCAAAGAAUAUUCAAGAGAAAAUGCAUCCGCCUUGUCAGAGAAUUCCAACCAAUCUGGCAAAAGAUUCAAAUAUUCUAUCCACGUGGCUCUGAACGUAUUAGCGUCAAUAUUGGAGCCCAUACAAACUGGAGAUCUGAAGAAAAUUGGUGGGAUUACGAUUUUGAACUCAAAACAUCCUUCGACGGUCUUCCAGAAGCGGCACUAGGCUUGAUGAUGCCUUUAAUCGCAGCGGCUUACUCUCACCGACCAAGGGUGGUAGACCCUAUGCUAGCAGCGUCGAAUACAUAUGGCGCACAGGCAGUAGUAAUUGAUUUAAGGCACCGGAGUGAGGUGAAUCACGCGAAUCGAUAUGUCGAUUACUCGCCUAGAGAAGUUAUUAUAUUUGGAGGGCAAAGACCGUAUGAUGUAUCGCGAAGGUUCUUGAGGCCUCCAGAUGUGGGGUAUGCUAGAAUCUCAGAUAAAGUUGUGAGAUCGUGA